AUGAAGAGAGAACCAACUCAGCAGAUCCACUCAGUCCCACCUCCACAACCUCCCUCUUCACUCAAGGAGCAGGACGAUACCAUGCCUGCAACAAGCGAUUUCGUUAAAAAGCUCUACAAAAUGCUAGAGGACCAUACCUUCUCCCAUGUCGUGUCAUGGGGCCCACAAGGUGACUGUUUUGUCGUAAAGGACAUGAACGAAUUUACAAAAUCCAUCCUCCCACGCAUGUUCAAGCACUCAAAUUUCGCAUCUUUCGUAAGACAGCUCAACAAAUAUGAUUUUCAUAAAGUAAAAACAACCGAUGACGCCCAAUUCGGCGAACACAGUUGGACGUUCCGACACCCCGAUUUCCACGCCGACCGACGCGACGCCCUCGAAAACAUAAAGCGCAAAGUCCCUGCCGCGCGUAAAUCCCUCCCGUCCUCCUCUAACGGGGGUUUCAGCGGAGGCGGCAGAGGCGCAAGCUCCGGCAGUCCCAUCCCAGGCGAGAGCAGCGCCGAACUAGCAGCUGUCCAAGCGCACGUCGGCGUCCUGCAAAACUCGUAUCAAUCAUUAGCUGAGGAAAGAAUUAGGGUGUUGGAGCGCCAGUAUGGGGAUGUGCUUGUGGAGAUGGUCAAUUUUCAGAAGGGGAUGGCGCAGCAGGAUGGCUUGAUGCAGGGGUUGAUACAGUAUUUUUUAGGGGAGGGAGGUGAGCGUUUUCCUUGUUCUGGGUUUUGA